AUGGAUUCGACUAGCAUCGGCGGAUCUUUCUCAGUGGUGAGCGCAAUCGAAGAUGUUUUAUCCUCGAUAAUAGAUAAGAAGAAGCAUGCCAAAAUGGCCGAUAUCCUGAAUCCUUUUAUUGGUUCAUCGUACGAUAGUUUUAUGUCUCACCCUGAAAACACUUUUGAUUUACAUGGUAGAAAAUUAAUGCCAACUAAGGGUGAAAAAAUGGAAUUCGCCGAUGUAGCUAAGGAAUUGGGAAAGGAACUAGAUUUAUACUAUUAUUUCGAAAAAACUAUUAUUGGCCUUUGUGCCUGA